AUGGAGCUCACUCCGGAUGACGAGGAACGGAGAUCGGCUCGCGGGCCACUCGCUCAACAGUGGGCGAUCCGACAGGGCAUACAACUGCAUCCCGCCGUCUCCUGGUUCCACGCCACGAAUGGUAUGAUUGGUUGUACGGCUACGGCUGACAUUUGCCAGGGCGAGCGACUUCUAUUCGUCCCUCACUCCGCGUGUGUAACACCCUCUGGGGUUCAAGGCUUAUAUGAACCACAGGUUAUGCUCGCGGCUUCACUGGUGAAGCAUAGAACCGAUCCGAACUCACCAUUCCACGAUUACUUGCAGAGCUUACCGUCCGAAUUCGAGCAUCCUCUCGAGUGGUCAGCUGAUGAGCUCGUCUGCCUGAAAGGCACUACUGUAUGGGAGAUGCAUCAGCUCUCUCUAGAAGUCGUCGACAGCGUGGCAGAGCUCUGUCCUAAUUCCCCUCGAGCGAUGAUUCGUUGGGCCGUUGAGGUUAUGAUGUCUCGAGCUUUUGAGUCGGAGGUUUGCGGUCUUUGUGUGAUACCUCUCGCGGACCAGUUCAAUCAUUCAUCGACCAAAUGGCAUACAAGAGUGCGCGAAGUUGAAGAAGGUUUCCAGAUGCUCGCAGAGAAGCCCGUGAAAAAGGGUGAAGAGAUCUUCAAUAACUACGGACUAUACACCAACGAGAUGCUUCUACUGACCCACGGCUUCAUCGAGUUUGAUAAUCCUCACGACCACUUUAUAACGAUAGAGGUUUCGAAUGCAGCCUUCGCUGUGGAUGUGAAUGACACCCAAGUUAUACCCGACGAUAUACGGGACUAUCUUGCUUCCAAGGGGAUAUCAGAGGCUAACGAGAAGGCCAUCAGGGGCUUGCGAUCGAUAUCGAAAGCCGAUACCUAUCGGCAAGAGUGCGCCAAGCGAGUGAUUGAUAUCGAGUUGAAUUUACGAAACCGAUGGAAAACUCGUGUUUUAUGCGAGAAAAUCGUUGCGUUCAAAGUUGGCAUGGGCGAUUCAUCUAAUGUAAUCCACUUGGUGGAUCUGAUGUGGUUGUUCAACGUGAUUACUGGCGCAAUGCGUCGAUGA